AUGGCAGUACCUACGGUCAAGCUAAGCAGUGGAUAUGAAAUGCCUCUUGUGGGGUUCGGCCUGUGGAAGGUGAAGAAUGAUACCUGCGCCGACCAGAUCUACAAUGCUAUCAAGGCCGGCUACCGCUGCUUUGACGGUGCCUGCGACUACGGUAACGAAGUCGAGGCUGGCCAGGGCGUAGCCCGCGCCAUUAAAGACGGACUCGUGAAGCGCGAAGAGCUCUUCAUCGUCUCCAAGCUCUGGAACAGCUUUCACGAAGGUGACAAAGUCGAACCGAUCUGCCGCAAACAGCUCGCCGACUGGGGCGUGGACUACUUCGAUCUGUACAUCGUGCACUUCCCGGUGGCCCUGAAAUACGUCGACCCGAGCGUGCGCUACCCGCCCGGCUGGACGUCAGCCGACGACAAGAUCGAGCUGGCCAAUGCCCCGAUCCACGAGACUUGGGCUGCCAUGGAGUCCCUCGUGGACAAGAAGCUCGCGCGCAGCAUUGGCGUCAGUAACUUCAGCUCCCAGCUCUUGAUGGACCUGCUGCGCUACGCGCGGGUGCGUCCCGCCACUCUCCAAAUCGAGCACCACCCUUACCUGACGCAAACGCGACUGGUGGAGUAUGCGCAGAAGCAAGGGAUUGCCGUGACUGCGUAUUCGUCUUUUGGUCCCUUGAGCUUCCUCGAGCUUGAAUUGAAGCAUGCGCGGGAUACCCCUCCGUUGUUUGAGCAUCCGGUUAUCAAGGGCCUUGCGGAGAAGUAUAGUCGGACGCCGGCGCAGGUGCUGCUGCGGUGGGCUACCCAGCGCAACAUUGCGGUCAUCCCUAAGAGUAACGACCCAACUCGGUUGGCACAGAACUUGCAGGUCACCGAUUUUGACCUGGAGAAGAGCGAACUCGAGGCUAUCAGCGCGCUAGACAAGGGUUUACGAUUCAAUGAUCCUGUUGCGUACGGCAUGGACAUUCCCAUUUUCUAG